CUAGCAACAGUCUGGCAACGCCUCGCUUGCUUGCAUUCGGUGCGUAAACAAUUAAUCGUUGACUUUUUAUUUGAUUUUGUUUUGUUUGUCUUACCCCUUUUGAAAUCGACGCAUAUUUGCACGUGCCAAUGAUUGCGGCCAGAGGUGCACCUGAAAUCGAAAAGGCGAAACUGCGUCUAGAGAUUGCCGAACUGCAGGCGGUGCUAAACGCCAAAGAGCAACAAUUGCUCGAACUGCAGUCAACAAUAUCAACAGGCGCGAGCAACGGAGGCGAACCCGAAUCGAAGCAAGACCAUCAAAAAUUGAGUAACGAUGAUAUUGCACGCUAUAGUCGCCAACUGAUAUUGCCUGACUUUGGCAUCGGCGGCCAACUGAAGCUGAAGAACAGCGCAGUGCUAAUUGUUGGCAUUGGCGGCUUGGGAUGCCCGGCGGCACAAUAUCUAGCGGGAGCUGGUUGUGGCAGCCUGGGACUAGUGGAUUAUGACCAGGUCGAGCGGAGCAAUCUGCAUCGCCAGACGCUGCAUACGGUCGCCCGCUGUGGCUUGUCCAAGGCGGAAUCGGCACGCAUUGCAUUGCUCGAGUUGAAUCCACACUGUCACAUCACGUGCCACGCAAGUCUGCUGAACCGCUUCAAUGCGAUGGACAUAAUGCAUGGCUACGAUGUCGUCCUGGACUGCAGCGACAAUGUGGCAACUCGCUAUCUGCUCAACGAUGCCUGUGUCAUGCUGGGCAAACCCUUGGUCUCUGGCAGUGCCCUCAAACUGGACGGACAAAUAACCGUUUACAACUACGGGACACAGGGACCUUGUUAUCGCUGCAUCUUUCCGGUGCCGCCGCCACCCGAGGCGGUAACCAAUUGCGGCGAUGGUGGCGUCUUGGGUGCUGUCACCGGCACAAUUGGCGCCAUGCAGGCACUGGAGGCUAUUAAAUUGAUAGUGGGACUGGGCGAUGUGCUGGCCGGGCGACUGCUCAUCUUCGAUGGCAGCAGCUGUCAGUUCCGCAACAUAAGGAUAAGAAGCAAGCGGGCCAAUUGCCAUGUGUGCUCCGACCAGCCACUGAUCACGCAACUGAUCGACUACGAGGUCUUCUGCGGCAUGCAUGCCACCGACAAGGACAAUCCGCUCCAGCUGCUCGAGCCGGAGCAACGCAUCACAGUUGUGGAUUACCAAAAGUCGCUGCAGGAUAAGCCACACUUGCUACUGGAUGUGCGUGCGCAGGCCGAGUUUGAGAUCUGCCAGCUGCCCCAAGCAAUUAAUGUGCCAUUGGCCCAAAUUCUGGAUGGCAGCUACCUUCAGCAGCUCGAUGCACAAUUCAAGAGCAGCGGGUUUCCCAUUGUGGUCGUGUGUCGUCGUGGCAACGAUUCCCAGAUUGCCGUGCAGCAUAUGAAAAAUCAAUUUCCCGAACAUUUCAUCCGAGAUUUGAAGGGCGGAUUGCAUGCCUGGACUAACCAGAUUGACGAGAACUUUCCUAUCUACUAAUCUACUGAACUUACAAAAGAAUAAGCUUUAUUUUAUAAUUUACGCCCAAUUGUAAUAUUUGUAUGAAAACUGUGGAAAUGAAGUGUAAAUCGAAUAAAUAUAAUAUGAAUGUGUAUUA